CAAUCUUCACAUACACCGCGGAGCUGAUAUGGCCGCUCGCAGCAGACGGUCCGUGUUCGUGAUUUCUUUGUGUGUCCAGCUUUUUGUUAUAAUGCUGUAAAUCCUUCCUGAGACAGAUAAAGCCAGAAGGAGGAGGGAUAAGGGAUGAAUCCUCUUCUGCUGUGUGGAUUCGUGUCCACUGGCGAGCAACAUGGACAACAACAGAUCCAGAUCAGGUCUGAUUUUGGAUUUUGGGAACCAAACCAGUGUUGCAGCUGGUGGUCCGGUGAAGGGAACUGGGGGGAGUUCGGUUUUGCACGGUGUGGCCGUGGCUGCUCAGGCCCUUUUGCUUCUGGCCAUCUUCCUUCUGUCCAGCUUGGGCAAUUCAGCUGUUGUGAUGGUCAUCAUCAAGCACAGGCAGCUGAGGACGGUAACCAACGCUUUCAUCAUGUCCCUGUCUUUAUCUGACUUCCUCACGGCCAUCCUUUGCCUGCCGUUCUCCUUCAUGAUGCUGUUCAGCAAGGACGGCACAUGGAUGUUCGGCGACCGCUUCUGCGUAGCCAACGGCUUCUUCAACACCUGCUUUGGAAUCAUCUCCACACUGACCAUGACCCUGAUCUCCUUUGACCGGUAUUACGCCAUUGUCAGGCAGCCACAGGAGAAAAUUGGUAGGAAGAAGGCCAUGCAGCUGCUGGUGGCCGUUUGGCUGUCAGCGGUGGUCUUCUCCUUCCCUUGGUACCUUUUCUUCUGGACGUCUGACCAUCUGGUGGUCCACAAGCCAGGCUUCUACCACUGCAUGUACGUUUUCCACUCGGGGAGCUCCAGAAUGGGCACCACGUACAGCGUGGCCUUGAUUGUGGUCUGCUACCUCCUUCCUUUUGCGCUCAUGUGCUUCUGCCACUACAACAUUUGCAAGACGGUCCGGCUGUCGGAGAUUCGAGUGCGCCCGGUGACCACUUACGCCCACCUGCUUCGCUUUUACAGCGAGAUGAGGACAGCCACCACGGUGCUCAUCAUGAUCGUCUUCAUCAUCUUCUGCUGGGGUCCGUACUGUUUGAUGGGAAUAGUCACCGCGGUUGGAGAUUACACCUUCAACCCGGCCAUGGACACCGUGGCCAUGUGGAUGGCGUGGGCCAACGGCGCCAUAAACCCACUGAUCUACGCCAUAAGGAACCCCAACAUAUCCAUGCUGCUGGGACGAAGCAGGGAAGAAGGCUAUAGGACUAGAAACAUCGCCGCCUACCUGUCCCGGACACGAGCGGACAGGAUUAGAGACCGGACGCGGCCAGACAGGAUCAGAGACCGCUACGCCAGCCGCCACGGCGCUGGAAGUCGGGUGUCUUCCUCCAGUCCAGCCAACGGCGGAGAAGUGGCCAUGUGGGCUUGCAAAAAUCCAGCAGUCUUCUUCUGCAGGGACGGCCAGCCCGACACGGUCACUGAAGCCGCUGUGCCAAAGGCCGAGACGGCCAACACCAGCUUGUGAUGUUGUGUACUUUUUACUCCAUUCCAGCAGUGGAUUUCCCACAAAGUCACCUGAGUGUUCGCAAUCAGAAAGCCACGCAAAUAUAGGGCCAGGUUCGGGGGUCAUGGAUCAAAGGGCAACUCCAAAGAUAUUUCAAGAUUUCUGCUUCACCGAUCAAGGGUUGAGAAAUGAACAAAGGCAUUCUGAGCAGUUAGAUUGUAGAGUAAAUGUUUUAUGGUCGAGAAACAGAAGAUUUCUUUACAGUGGUGGUGAUAGAAACCAGGGGUCGCCAUGACUACGACACAAAUAUAGACAUUUUAUUUACUAUCCAGAACCACCAGUGAACCUACACAAGUCUUCUGAGCUUUAUUUGUAAGGUUGAUGAUGGUGACAUAGUGGUAAAUCUGAAAAAAACACGGAAAGUAUUUCACCUCACAUGCCCUGCAUGUAAUUCACCAUGAAAGUAUUAGAAAAAUGUAUGUUUUCUUAUGAAAACUAUCACAAAACAAUGUCUCAUAACUGUUUCAUGUAAUAACUCUCAGCGAGGGAGCUUUUAGAGGUGGACGUCUGGUUCCUAUCACCACCACUGUGAACAGUUCUGACUUUGAGCAUUUCACAUCAAACCAAUCUGAAUGGCUUUGUUUAACCAUUCAGAUAGGAAAACUGGAAAAAUUGGAAAAUCGCUGGAAUUCCCCUUUAAGACUAAUCUUGGACUGAAGUGCAGUGCCAAUCAUGAAUCAGGGCUGGGUGUCUAUCUCGAUACCAAUAUUGAUAUCUUGACUUUGAUAUUGAUUCCUGAAUGCUAUUUUUUUCAGUACUUUCUUUUAAACUCGAAAAUAUUAAUGUGAAAACUGAUGUGAAUCGGUUUCACAAAAGGAAAAGUGCAUGACGCUUUGUGUUCUCGGUUCCUUUUUUCUCAGUUAAUUUUUAAUGCAGGAGGCUGACAGUGUAUUCAGAUUUGGGUAACACUUUCUUUUACAUCCCUUAAAAGUUCUCCACUCUAAAAAAAACGUUCUUCAAGGUUUCUUUAUUAAAGGCAGUGGUUCUAUAUAGAACCAUGGACACUCAGAGAACCAUUUGAAUGCAUAAAUUGUUGUUUGCAUGGUCAAAUGGUUUUUCUCUGUGAUGGAAAAGCUGUUGUUCAUGCUUCUUUAAAGAAUACCCCCAAAAGUGGUUCCAAAAAAUGUUCCACUCUUGUUAAAGAACCCUUUUUUUCUAAGAGUGGAGGUAUUAAGUAAGUGUGAGGUACUCCAAAGAACUAGAUAAUUAUUUUGGGUAGCGUGAUCAUACGUUCCAAGGCAUUCUAACUAAAUUACAUUGAAAUUAAAUUACAUUGAAAUAUACAACAGGUUCUAGAUAUUAACAGGGUAAGUGUAUGGAA